UGUUUAUCUUCGCUUUAACUUUCUGUUUCCUGUUAAUAUUUAUUCGUGGUUCGUGUGUGUAUGAGAUACUCAGCGUGUAACUGAAUUUAAACCCGCAUUGAUAAACAGCUUUAUUUUCAGGACUUUACCUCAGCAGUGUGCUAGGAUUUCUGCAAAAGAGGAACAAAAUGAACUGUGGCCUGCUGACAAACAAGAACGAGCCAGUUCCACUGAAGAACAUCGAGGUGGAACUGCAAGUUCAGGGGCAUGUAGCGACAGUGACCUCCACCCUGAAAUAUCUAAAUGAGGAAGAUAACCCCUUGGAGGCUGUAUUUGUCUUCCCCAUGCCUUCAGGAGCUGCUCUCUGCCAAUUCAGCGCCAAGAUUGCAGAUCAGGAGAUAGUGGCUGAGGUGCAGGAGAAACAGGAGGCGCGGGAGCAGUAUGAUGAUGCAGUGAGUUCAGGUGAACAGGCGUUUCUGCUGGAGGAGAGUGAGGAGUCUGUGGACGUGUUCAGGCUGAGUGUGGGCUCUCUGCCCCCACGCCAGAGCGCCUCUGUCACCUUCAUCUAUAUCAUUGAGCUGAGUGUGCAGGCUGACCAUUCACUGCAGUUCUGCCUGCCUGCAGUGCUCAACCCUCGCUACACACCAGCUGGUACAGGGGGUGGUAUAGUAUCAGAGAUAACAUCAAGUUCCACUGGUAUCCCCUACUCUCUCUCUUUUACUGCACACAUAAGCUCCCCAAACCCCAUCACUAAAGUGGAGUCCAAAUGUCCUCUAGAACCUCUGAUGUUCCUCAACACAGACCACACCAAGGCAAAGGUAAGCCUUAAUGCAGGUCACAUGUUUGACAGAGAUGUUGAGCUGUAUCUACAUUAUCAGAAUCCUCAUCAGCUCACUGCUAUAGUGGAGGCUGGAGCUCCUGCAGCACAGCCAGGAACUCUUAUGGGAGAUCCUGUGGUCAUGGUCAGUUUCUAUCCAGAGUUUCCUGAGUCAGUGAUGUCCUCUAUGUCAUCGUGUGGUGAGUUUGUGUUUGUUAUGGACAGAUCUGGCAGUAUGUCCUGCAGAAUGCAUAAUGGACCAGGUGCACAAGAACGCAUUGCUUGUGCCAGGGACACUCUUCUCCUGCUACUGAAGAGUCUCCCCAUGGACUGUUACUUCAACAUCUAUGGUUUUGGCUCUCGUUAUAAUUCCUUCUUCCCUCAAAGUGUGCAGUACAGUCAGGACACUAUGGAGCAGGCUGUGCAAAAGGUAAAGGAGAUGCAAGCAGACAUGGGGGGCACAGAGAUUCUGCCAGCUCUGGAACACAUUUACAAGCAGCCUUGUGUCCUCAACCACCCAAGACAGCUUUUCAUAUUUACAGAUGGUGAAGUAGGAAACACCAAAGAUGUGCUUCGCUGCGUGAAAAGCAAUGCUGAUUUCCACAGAUGCUUCUCUUUUGGGAUUGGUGAAGGUGCAAGUUCUGCACUCAUUACAGGAUUGGCUGAGAACAGCUCUGGCCACGCCCAGUUCAUCACAGGAACGGACCGCAUGCAGGCCAAAGUAAUGCAGUCUCUUCGCUAUGCUUUACAACCAGCAGUGACUGAUAUCACUGAGGACUGGUCUGGUUUGUCUUUCAACCGUCUGAGCCCCCAAAUUAAAUCACUGUUCCAUGGUCAAAGAGCACUGAUUUAUGCCCAGUUGAAAGGAGAGGAAUGUCAGAACCCAGAUGCUAAGGGGAAAAUAUCAGUGCGGUACCGCCUAGCAGAUCAAGAGGUCACAAACACUGUCGACUUCUCCCUGAAGCCUGCCGAGAACAACGGGAUGGCUAUCCACAGGCUUGGUGCUCGCUCUCUGAUCCGCUCUCUGGAAAGAGAUGAGCAGGUUGAUGGAGCUGAUAAAGAGGCUCUGAAGGCCAGAGUGGUGGACCUGAGUAAGCAGUCUGGAGUGAGCAGCUCACACACAGCCUUCAUAGCUGUCCAUAAGGGCAGCAAAGAAGCUGUGAAGGGACCGCUGGUGAAGAGGAGAAUUCCUACACCGAUGAUGCUACAUGGAUUUGGAGUGAAAUCACGUGGAAUGCAGUUACAGGCACGUUCAAGGUCCUCACGUAAAAGUUUGCCUACAAAGUUAACAAGAUGUUCAAAGAAAAAGAGUAUGCCCAAGUGCCCAGAUGCCCAAGUGUUCAAAAUGUGUUCUCGCAUACAGGCAUUUCAGUGUUUAAGUGAAGCUGUCUCUGUAGAAACGUCAGAGACUCCAAAGGACCCAUUGAUGCAGCUCAUCUCCCUCCAGAAGGCUUCAGGUUGCUGGGAAAUUGAGUCUACACUUGCUGAGGUGUUUGGGAAGACAGAAAAAGAGCUGAUCAAGCAAAUUCCUGCACAGGUGAAGCCAGAUGUCUGGGCUACACUUUUGGCUCUGAUUUGGUUGCAUGGCUUUAAGAUCGAUGCACAGGUUGAGUGGCAAUUUUUGGCCAUGAAAGCGGUGGCAUGGAUCCGCAGUCAGAAAGUGGUCAACCAGUCAGAGUGUGUACAGGCAGGAAACGCUCUGCUGGGCUGUCAGGUUAAAGAAGAUGCUCUUGGACUCUGAAGACUUUACACUGUAUCUUCCCACGACAGCCAUAAAAAUCCCCCUUCAUUUAUUUUAAAAGAGCUUUACUUUCAUUAGCCUGCUUUUACAUAUAUGAUGAAAUCCAUACAAUUAGUAGCAUGCCAAUAAAAAAAUAACUAGAAACUUGAUUUUUCUGUAAUGUAAACAAACACAUACAGUCCUCUAAAAACAUAUUGCAACAGCAAGGCAGGUUUUAUUGUUUUUGCUAUAGACUGAAUACCUUUGGAUUUAAGACCAAAUAAUGAAUGAGACAGUAGGUCAGAAUAACAAUUUUCAAUCCCUGUUAUGUCCAUCUACAUUUAAUUUAGAACAUGCCAAUUUUUGUCUACUGUUGGUUUGAGCCUUUGAUUACUUCAUUUGUUGUUAAACCAUAUGGAGUUGCCCUGCCCAUUGCAGCUUCUGGGAAGGCUUUCAACAAGGUUUAGGAGUGUGUUUAUGGGAAUCUUUGACCAUUAGAAGUGCUUGUGAGGUCAGGCACUGAUGUUGGAUGAGAUGGCCUGGUUCGUAAUCUCCACUCUAAUUCAUCCCAAAGGUCAGGUUGUCAGGUUGGUUUCAGUCAGGUUCCUCCACACCAAACUCGCUCAUCCAUGUCCUUAUGGCCCUUGCUUCAUGCACAGCAUGGAAUUAGUAGUGAGGAAAUUUCACGAAUGGACCUGUUGGAAAGGUGACCAUGCUUGAAUUCACUGAGCUCCUGAGAGCAUCAAAUUCUUUCAAAAAUGUUUGUAGAAGCAGUCUGCAUGCCUAGGUGCUUGAUUUUAUGGAAGUGUGGAAAGUAUGGAAGUAUGGCCAUGGAAGUGAUUGGACCACAAUAUAUACACAAUAUAGUGUAUUUUAAAUCUGAGAAUAGAGAGAAAUGGAUCCAAGCCAUUGACUAUAGCAAAUACAACAAUUUGGAAUGUGCUGAAAAACAGCAGCCUGACUGAAACAUUGUGAGAGUUAUGAAGAAAAACCGAAAAAAUGACAGUGAUAUCUGCCCACAGGGCAGGUGCGACAUGUAUCACAAUGUUACCAUGGGGGCAGAAAUAUAAAGGCAUACCAAAAGAUGCAAACCUCUCAUCAGCAGUAGGAAUCCGAAGGCCAGAUUGAAAUUCACAAAGAAGUACAGAGAUGAGCCACAAAAGUUCUGGAACCAAGAUGAACCAAAGUGACUGAAAGGUGCAGGUGUCCAGCUGACCAUCUGCAGCAACAUGAAGAGUAAAUAAGUCUCUAAUUACCAGGUGAUUCAAGUAGCGCAUCUUGGUGAUAUUGAACCAGCAGACCCGACUCUCCAGAACCCUUCUCAUUCAGAGGAAGUAUCUCCGGAUGUCCACUGACUAGUAACAGAGAAACAAAGCUGAACAUUAGAACUUAAUACCCCAGACUGGGAGCUGAAGAAGUCAGAAGAGAGGUAUUGAAGACAGGCGCUAUCCAACUCUCCAGCACUGAGAGUCUGUGAAAGGUAGAGCACCGAGAUCGUACAUGCUUCUUGUCUUAGCAGUUUUAUACGAACACAUCUAACAUUCUGUCCUUUUAUUCAUAAAAAAAGAAAAAUCCAGUGAUUAUUUUUACUAAAUGAAUGGAAGGUUUGUUUACCAGAAUGUCAGCUGAAGGCUCACUGUGGGAUGUGUUUUGAAGGCAGUUGAAGGUAUUGCUCAACAACCUUAAAGCAAACAAACACAAUGAGUCACUGCACUUAACAACAUUUUGUAACUCCGCAAUGAAUAAUCCUUUACCUAUAUGCCAGGGAGAUAAAGGAGGUAAAGUCUGGAAACUUUGUUUUUUCUCUAAUCUUCAACUGUCCCAUUUAGGUGUGUCUGUAUCCAUGAGAGCCUCAUAAGAUUCCUGUUCUGGGCUAAUAGCUAUGAAAACCCAAUGUGGUCUUCUCCUGUUGUAGCUCAUCCACUUCAAAGUUUGAUAUUUUGUGCAUGCUGAGAUGCUUUUCUGCUCCCCACUAUUGAACAGAGUGAUUAUUUGAGUUACUGUGUCCUUGCAGCCAUUUCCUCUGACCUCUCUUAUCAGUAAGGUGUUUCACCCACAGAGGUGUGUAAGCCAUAGAGACUGCUAAAAAUCCAGAAAAAAAAUCCAGGAGAAACCAGACCUUAACCUACUUAAGCAUGCAUAUAACUUCCUGUAGAGGAGACUGAAGUGAGAAACCCCCUGAAACAAACAACCAUGAAAGAAGCUGUGGUACACGGCAGGAAAAACAUCACAAAAAAAGAAUGCAACAGUUUGGUUGUGUCAAGGGCUAUGCAACCAAAUAUUAAGUGUUAUUUAGUUUAAUUAUUUUAAGAAUUCUGUUCUUAUACUUUUUCUCACAUAAUAAUCGGGUGGUCUACAUCUGUUCUUGAUGUUUAACACAUCUAGGAGAAAGAGGGCUGGGCUUUUACUAUAUAUUUUACUUUUAUUUUAUCUGCUAGCUAAAAUUCUGUACUUUUGCUUUACUUAAAUCUCACUUUUGAUUUUAUUGUGAGACAUCUUUUAUAACUAACUGAUAUACUC